AUGCAUGUGGGUGUUCUUACACUUUCCAUUUGUACAAGUAAUGGGCGACUUCUUUUUAGUCUUCCUCCGAAUCUUAAUGAUGUUGCCACUAUCGAGCUGGAUAAUGACGAGAAAACUCCCGGAGAAAACGAUAUCGCAUGGCAGCGCUUCUGCCGAACGGGACCUAUUGCUUUCCUGCCUUUAAGCAAGAACCUUUCUUCUCUAACCUGGACAACUUCUACAGAGCACGCACAUCGCCUAUUGGCCUUACCAAAAGACGAGUUUGUAGACGAACUAAAUUACACAAUGUUUACCGAAGAGGAUCAGAACGAUUUGGUUAACAAGUCACUUUUUGCGCUUUCAAAGCUACCAUUCCUUUCUAGUGACAUGGUUGUUACUCCUCAGCCUCCUCAAGUUGUCACAUUGCAAGGUGACACCCGAGCAGCAUAUCCGCUAGGAUUUGGACAUGCUCAUACUUAUGUACAGCCACGUGUGGUGCUAGUUGGUGAUGCCGCUCAUCGCGUUCACCCAUUGGCAGGUCAAGGAGUCAAUCUUGGUUAUCACGAC